CUACUAGUAUACGGAUUGACUAUAGUUAAAAUGGCCGCCAAUGUCGAUCCAGAAGAACUGAUAGAAGGAUCCAUAGAGGAAAGAGGUUCCGCUCCUGGACAGCUAAAGAAACACGAUCUAAAGGAAGCAGUUCAUCUCGAUAAGGUGACUGAUUAUGUAGAAGAGAAGGAAAUAUCCGGAGACACUAUAAGAAAGGCUGUAUCAGAGAUAAUUAAAGAUAAAUCCAUCAAGAGCCAAAAGGAAAGAGAGUUGGCUAAGGUUGUCAUUAAGAAAGAUGAUGUAGAAUUAAUUGUUCGUGAAUUAGAAAUAUCAAAAGUUGCAGCUGAAAGAAGCUUGAGGGAACACAUGGGAGAUGUAAUCCAAGCACUUCACAGCUUAACAGACUAAAUUAUUAUCAUUAUCAUUACAAAGAAUUUGACUGGAUUCUUUACUGUAUAAUAUAAUUUUAAGAGGA